GUUCUCUGUGCACCUUGAUAUUAGUGUCAAAAUGUGCCGUGUGUAAAAAGUGUCAGAAAGUGUAUUUUGCUGAAUUCAGAAGUGGAUUAUUCCUGUGCUUUUGCUGUGAGAAAGGAAGGAAGUUGAAGUGUGAAGUUGUUGUAUGCAACACUCUUUUUCUUUAAAAGUUGUGUAAAAGUUAAUUAAACACUUUUAGUUUGGUGUGGUACAAUACAUGCAAACACCUGCACAUUAAUAAUGAGAUAGAGAGAUGUUACUGCAAUGUGUUUCUACACUUGAGUUCCCAUUAUUUUGUUUAAUUUCUGAUUAAAAGCGAGGACCUCUGAAGGAUCUGCAGGAAGUUGUUUUUUACGUCAGUGCGACACUGAACUUCCUUAUCUACUAAGUCAAUGUGGCGUCAGUAAUUUUGUUUUGUUUCUUUUUAUUAAGUUUUGUUUCUUUUUUAGGAGGAUGUCAUUGAAUCAACUACUCGUAUUACUUAUUUUUCUUCAGACCUCCAAAACAGGGUUCAGUGCUGAGAUCUCUGUGUUUGUGCAGACAGGAGAUUCUGUUCAACUGGAUAUACAGACACAAGAAAAACCAGAGUUUGAGGAUUUAUUGUGGAUGAAUGAUAAAUCAGAGAGUAUAGUUAAAUAUAACAGUGAUUCCAAAAGAGUAAAACCUUAUGAUUCCUACAAGGACAGAGUGGUUUUCAAUGAUGUAACCUUCUCUCUGACUCUGAAGAACAUGCAGAAGACAGACAGUGGAGUCUACACAGCAAGAACAAGUGGAUCAAAAAACAAAGAUUUGGUCUCAUACAGAGUAUCUGUUAUAGAUGCUGUUAAGGCUCCUGUCCUGACUGUGAACUCAAACUGGUCCAGCAGUGACUCCUGUACUGUGAACUUCACAUGCAGAGCUCAUGAGCUCAUGAUUAACUCCAGCUAUCAGAACAACAGAUGCUCUCCACAGGAAGUGACAUCACAGAUCCACACUCUCACCCUGGACUGCAGUGAGGAAUCCAUCAUCUGUAACCAUAGCAACCCUGUCAGCUGGAAACAAGACAGAAUAGAUAUUAUACAGCUCUGUGAUGAUAAAGAUGAAAUCUCAAAGAGUGAUUCAUCUCGUCUGGGUAUAGCAGUUGGUUUGGUGGCAGGGUGCAUUUUGCUUUUAUGUGUUUCAGCCGCUGUGUGCUUCAAGUAUAAAAAAGGUGCUCAGGAGGAGGUAGAAGGUAAUACAGUCUAUGCUCAAGUUGAGGCUCAAGAAAUGCAGAAACUCAACAGUGACUGCAAUACUUAUGACAUUCCAGACCGGGUUCAAGCCGAGACACAAGAAGAAACGGGAGAUAAACAACCCAGCACAACCUACUGCACAGUAGGACAACACCAAAAAACACCAACCCAAUCUGAAACAGACCACACAAUAUAUUCAGCAGUGUUCAAACAACAAAACAAGAAACCACCUGUCAUAUCCACCAGUGACACUUAAAAUAAAACUUGUGGCCAUUUCUCACAUGAAGAAGGUAUCACAAGAUCUGAUCCCAAAAUGGCAUUUCUACUCUCUCUCUCUGUAUAUACAAUGAAUUAAUGUAAUUUUCUUUUUGCCAAGAUGGCAGCCGAGUUGCAUGACUUGCCUAAAAGUACUUUGGUAGUAACGAAUUACAUUUACUUCGACACAUUUACCGUAUUUUUCGGACUAUAAGUCGCACAUGAAUAUAAGUCGCAUCAGUCCAAAAAUACGUCAUGAUGAGGAAAAAAAACAUAUAUAAGUCACACUGGACUAUAAGUCGCAUUUAUUUAGAACCAAGAGAAAACAUUACCAUCUACAGCUACGAGAGGGCGCUCUAUGUCUUCAGUGUAGACUACAGGAGCACUGAGCAGCAUAGAGCGCCCUCUCGCGGCUGGAGACGGUAAUGUUUUCUCUUGAUUCAUUUUUAGUUCAUUUCUCUCGGUUCAUGUCAAAUUAAUUUUGAUAAAUAAGUCGCACCUUACUAUAAGUCGCAGGACCAGCCAAACUAUGAAAAAAAGUGUGACUUAUAUUCUCAUAUUUUGGGAGGAUAUUUAAAUAUGGGUAUUUUUUCCCUUACUUAUCUAAGUACUCUUACUUGAGCCAGACACAGACACGUUUUUACAGCACUGUGCAUUAUAACCAAUCACACAAGAUUCUGCUGAGCUUAUGAAUGCAAUGGCCAAUCAAAUAAAUAAUGCUUAAUAAGAAUUUGCCAAUAUGCUGUUGUGGCUUCUGUGUGUCACAUGACGAACAAGUCUAUUUUAUGUUUAUUUAUUUUAUUUUUUUACUUAAAUCUUACUUAAAUUGUACUUUUGUUGAUUCUUGGAUUAGUCUUGGAAAUACUGUUUCCAGAGAUAGCCUUUUAAACAAACUCUGGCACUCAACACUGGAUAUUCUCAGCAUUCUCAGGUGAAGAUUAUUGAGAUGGGACCAAAUUGAACUAGUUUUCUGAUGAACAUGACUGUAGAUCCAUCAAAAUGCAUGUGCGAAUAAACCACAUAGGUUUAAUACAUUGAGUGUUUUUUAUGUUGGAAUCAGAAACAUAAAUGUGUGUUCUGGGGACCUUACUUUCUAAAGCAAAGUCAAUCUUUUGAGUGGGAUAUUCUCUAUGAUAGUAAUUAAAUAUUCUGAAGUAUUUUCUUCAUAUUGAACAGAAUCAAGACAUUAUCGAGUCAACAGCACACAGACUCUUUGAAACAUUCCUGAUUUGUAGCUGAUAAACCAAGUGAAAUGAUAGUGAAACAAGAGUUUGGUUGAUCAGUCACUUUAAUAGCCAAACAGUAGAAAAAUUACAAAUACAAUAUACUGUAAAUGUAUAUAUAAUUUGAUUAUUUGACAGUUAUAACUAUAAAUGUAAUAUGGUUGAUUUUUAAAUAGAAUUUUAUUGAGAAAAUGUUCAUAUAUUAAGUUAUUCACAUGUCGUUUUUUGUUGCUUAAGUGGGGUUUUUAUGAAUUCUCUGAAGCAUGUAAUCCACUUUAUUUUGUAAGUAAACUCUUUUCUUUGAAUGUGCGAGAAUAACAGCUCAAGUGUAUUAAACUGUAAACUGCGAGACAAACCAAUGUGUUUGUGACAGUACAUUAAAACAAUGAGGAAAACAACCAGCUUGAAAUAUCAAAUAUCAAGCAAGCACCUUCAUGAGGUGUAGAGAAAAAAAGAAAGAAAAAAUAUAUACAAAUAACUGGAAUCUAAUGACCCAGAAGCCUCACACAUUCAACUUACACUCACUCUCUCCCUUUUAUGUUCACUUUUAUUUCUGUAUUAUAUAUUAUUUUCUGCAUUAGCCAAUCUACUGCAUAUUCAAAACAUUUUUUUUUUUUACAUAAUUUGUAUUCAUUUUCAGUGUUUCUGUAUAUAUGUUUUUGUCUUUUUUGAUGAAUACAAAAGACUAGAUGUGUUAUAUGUGAGUUUCAUCUGCUGUCUUUAAAAAUAACAUGGUUGGAUUAAAGCUCCAAUAUGUAGGAAUUUUGUAAUAAAAUUUCCGAAAAUAACUUGCACAGUGUGAUAUAUUUCCUCCAGUUGUGUACUUACAAUAUCUCAAAAGUCUCCAAAGAUUUUUUAUUUCAGAGAAAUUCCGAUUUUAAAUAACUGGCCAUCCCGGAAAAGAAAUGUCGCCUCUCAGUGACGUAAU